AUGACACAAGCGUUUAAGAAUGUUGUCGUUGUCGGCGGCUCCUACGUCGGAGUGGCAACGGCAAAAGAACUAGCCAACCUCCUUCCCUCCUCUCACCGUCCUCGCUUCGCCAUCCUCCCCUCCCACGAACACAAAUGUCUAAUCCCCUACACCACCACCUUCUCCCUCUCCCCCGACCCCUCCCGCCACGAGGUCAUCCAAGCCAAAGCCCUCUCCCUCUCCCCCACCACCUCCACCCUCCACAUCGACACCCCCUUUCAAGGCUCCACCACCGUCCCCUUCACCCACCUCAUCGCCGCCACCGGCACCAACCUCUCUCCCCCCGGCACGAUCCCCCACAACACCAAACCCCGCGCCAUCACCUUCCUCCAAUCCUACCAAUCCUCCCUCCGCACCGCCCUUUCCAUCAUCAUCAUCGGCGGCGGCGCAGUAGGAGUCCAGAUGGCAUGCGAUCUCAAAGAAAUCUACCCCCACAAACCCAUAACCCUGAUUCACUCCCGACAUAACCUAAUGCCAGCCUACCACCCGUCCCUCUCUGACUUAAUCAAGUCUCGCUUUGCUGAAUUAGGCGUCAACCUCAUCACCGAAAGCAGGGUCGUCAUCCCCGAGCGUGGCUUCCCCCUCACAGCUCAACCAACAGACGUCCACCUCCAAGACGGGCGGACCCUAACCGCUGAUUUCGUCAUCACCGCGACGGGCCAAACGCCAAAUAACCAGUGGUUGCGAUCCUCACUUGGAAAUGGUGUGAUCAACAAAAAGAAUGGAUUCGUCAAAGUCAAACCAACAAUGCAGAUCGACGGUGGCCCGUGGGAAAACCUCUUCGCCGUGGGUGAUAUCAACGACUGCGGGGCUCACAAGGCCGCAAAGCCGGGGAUGUUGCAGGCUGGUGUUGCUGCGAGGAACAUCACUGCUUUGGUCAGGGGGGAAGAGGCGGAGGAACAGUUGGAGGUUGCGCCGGCUGGGAUUCAUCUUACUUUGGGGCUGACCAAAAACGUCAUCUUCAGAAACCCCGACACGGCAAAAGGGGUAACGGAGCCGUAUAUCAACCUCAAGGAUGAGGAAGACAUGAACAUCGAGGAGGUGUGGGGCCGAAGAGGGCCAAAGGUGACCAGCCAGAGAGAUUAUCAUCUGUAG